GUCGGCCGCGCGGGCCUACUUGGGAGGAGCGGAGCGCUGUAGUAGGCGCCGCCGCCGUCUCCUCAGGUUCGCCAUGUUGCUCCUGUUGUUCCUGCUCCUGCUGCCGGGCCCGGCCGCCGCCUCCGAGAUCACCUUCGAGCUGCCCGACAACGCCAAGCAGUGCUUCUACGAGGACAUCACCCAGGGCACCAAGUGCACCCUGGAGUUCCAGGUGAUAACUGGAGGGCAUUAUGACGUAGAUUGCCGGUUGGAAGAUCCCGAUGGCACGGUGUUGUACAAAGAGAUGAAGAAACAAUACGAUAGCUUUACUUUCACGGCCUCCAGAAAUGGGACAUACAAAUUUUGCUUCAGCAACGAGUUCUCUACCUUCACCCACAAAACCGUGUACUUCGACUUCCAAGUUGGAGAAGACCCGCCUCUGUUUCCAAGUGAGAACAGAGUUAGCGCUCUUACUCAGAUGGAAUCUGCCUGUGUUUCAAUCCACGAAGCUUUAAAGUCCGUCAUCGACUAUCAGACUCACUUCCGCCUGAGAGAGGCGCAGGGCCGCAGCCGGGCGGAGGAUCUAAAUACCAGAGUGGCCUACUGGUCAGUAGGAGAAGCCAUCAUCCUUCUCGUGGUUAGCAUUGGGCAGGUGUUCCUUCUGAAAAGCUUCUUCUCAGAUAAGCGAACCACCACGACCCGCGUCGGCUCAUAACCUGUGUUUUGAACGCCCCCCCCGCCCCCGUCUCCAGCCGUAAUUUUGCCGGUCAGUCGUAGGUACAGAAGAACUACACGUAAAUGUCUUCUUAAUUACCUUUGUUCAGAAAAAAAAUACUUUUUUUUUUUAUUAAAAAAAAAAAAGCACCUCCGAGCGUGGAAGGGGUCUUUCUAUUUGAAAUGUUUGAACGGCUGUGGGACUUUGGGGGCUUCUCUCGUUCACCGUAGAACCUAGGGGAGGUGGGUUUUUUCCUCGUGGGUCUCCACUCUCGUCUCUCUCGGUCUGGGGUAUGUUGUUGUUUCUUUUCAGCCCGUGUCAGAGGAAGCAGAUGAUUUAGAAUCUAAAUUUGAUUUGCUGACUCCAGGAAUUGGGGAAGGGGGGGGGAAAAAAGUUCUUUAGUCCAGGCUAGAGAUACGGCAUUUUUUUUCAGCGUAACAAAACUGCUGUCAAAGCCCCCUACCGCGCCGUUUCGAUUUGCCGACCCUUUUGCGUCACCUAAUUCCGAAACGAUUUCGGUCUUCUUUUAAAACGGCAUCCUGGUGCAAAUUGUUCGCUCACCUGGAAAUCCUCGGGUUUUAUGCCCAUUUUAUGGUUUGCGUAGAGUUUUUUUUUUUAUUAUCAGCAACUUCUUUGUACAACCAAAACCAGAGAGCAUCGUUGAACUGAAAGUACCAUCUUAAACCCCCCCAAACCGAGACUGAUAAACAAGCCUUUCUGUGGUUGCGGAACGAAAAUACCAGAAGCCCCGUGGAGGGCCGGGAAGGGGUAGACAGAAGUCUUGUGUAACCUAAUCGGUGAUAUCAGUUUCUGUAUUGGCAAACACCGCUCUGAAAACUUCCGCUAGCUUGCUCUCGCUGGAUGUGGUCAAACUGCAUUGAGUUACGGAAUGAUUCUUGUAAGGCCUUUGGCUGUUCGGAGCCUAAUUUGACGUUGGCGAUACCGACGUUGCCGUCUCGGGCCCGCACUCCCUCCCGUUUUUCGUUCAGUUAGCGCUCGGUCGGUGACUUCGUGAAGCGGUUCGGGCUGUCCUCUGUUAUCCUCUGUUUUUCUCUCCCAGUAGGUAGUCUGCAUCUGUUCCAUUGCUGAGGCCUUGAAUAUGGUGGAUGUUGCAUUGUGUACUUUGUAAAGCUCUGGGCUUAAAAAAAAAAAAGCUGAAUGGGAAAGUGUACCUUGUAAACUUCUGGUUUGAGUUGUUUUAUUCCCCCCUCCCCCCUUCUAGAAUGGAAGUAUUUAACCUGUUCUGAAAGGCAAGCUCGGGCCGGCGGGUGGGGAGGGAAAUAAAAUCCAGUAAACUAAAUGUUGUUCAAUCGCUAAAUAUUGUACCUCCUUUUCCCCGUGACUUGUGUUAACGAAUAGGUGAUUUUCAAGAGACUCUGUAAUUCGGUACUCUAUACCCUAAUGGAUUAGAUUGUGAUUCCGGUUGGCUGCAGAAGUUCCUAGUUCUUAUUUCUAAUCUCUAAAACAGGGCGAUAACACGCAUACGUCCUUCUGCGGGUCUCGCUCGACGUAAACGGUCACCGUACGUUGAAACGGGAAGAGGAGCCGCUAGAUGUUGUCCUUGCUGUGAUUUCAACCCUCAGCUUGAAAUUUUACCCCUUUUCUCGUCAGUCUGAUAGACGGAGAACCGCAGCCCUCACGAAGUUCAGAUCCGUCGCGUAAAGUUCGGUAUCGCUUGGCACGGUGUCGCUGCAGUGCGCAUUUAAGCACCUCCAGGUCCUCACUCCGGCAGGAACUUAUAAAGUAGAAGGUUCACCGAUUUCUGAUUAGUUAGCAUACUGGAGUAAAAUAGCUGGGUUUCGACAUGAUGCGUUCCCGUCCUUAAACGGAUAGCAGUUCAGUCGCUUGCCAAAGUGUUUGUUUUUAGAGAGAGGGAGACGUACCACACCUUCCCACAGCGUUACUUCCUCUUUUGAACUGUCAGAAGUUGUAGUCGGGGUGGGGAGGGUGGCAUAAAGCAAGAUUGGGUCCACUACGUAAGGUUUCAUCCGUGUUCACCGUAUACAUUUGUGUGUAUUCGUAUAUGUGUAUCGAUCGGAAGAUACAGAUCUAUACAGACACGGACGCACAAUCUGGAACGGGGUUUUUCGAUUGCUCCCACUCGGCUGUUCGAGCGUGUGUUAGAAAAGAGAACCAAAGUAUUCCGAUCGCACUUCCUAUCGUUGUGGAACAGGCCGCCGCGUUAAACAUCCGAGUUGUCCGCGUCAAAACAUCCAAAUUGUCCGUUGGAGCAAGUGGCACAGAGUGCGUAUUAAACAUCUGCAGUUGUAUAUAUUUUUUGAAAACUAAAGAAGUAACGGGAAGGGGCAUAGUAUGCAUAUUUAAAUCGACUUUGUGAAAACAUCUGAAAACAUUCUUUUCUGUUUCUGGGGAAAUGAGGGUUUUGCGGGGUUCAAGAGUCAUGGAAGAUUGAGAGACAGCUAAAAAAAAAAGAAGCCUAUUUCUCAUUCACCGAAUUUAAUCUCCUCUUGGAAAGAUUUGUUUGCUUAAGUCUUCGUGUACAGUAAAUUCCUGUUUUAGUUUGUAAGUUGUUUGGCAUUAACUCUUGGAACGACAAAGGUGGCUACAGGAUAUUGUUUGUGGGGGAAAUAAAGAAAAAUGAAUACGA